AUGUGCUUCUGUGUGAGAGUCAUCAACAUGUUUGAUACUGAGAAGUUCGUCUUAGAAGUAGAGAAGCGGCCUCCACUUUAUGACGUUCAGUCAAAAGAAUAUUCAAACAGAAAUGUUAAAGCUCAGUGCUGGAUGGAGGUAGGAGCAGCUGUGCACGACAACUGGGAGGAAAUGACUCCCCAAAUGAAGGACGAAGCAGGUAUUACCAGACUGCCAGUACUGGAGGGAGAAGUGAGCCACAUUGAGAUUCCCCGAAUUUCCCCGAGUUUGGGGAUCACUGUCGUAGGAGGCUCAGAUACCGCUCUUCGCUGUAUAGUAGUCCAGGAAGUGUUUCCCGAUGGCCUGGUGGCCCAAGACGGCCGCCUCAAGCCCGGAGACCAACUGGUUGAGAUCAAUGGAGUUGACAUGAGCACAGCUUCUCACCAUCAGGCAUGCCAGGCCCUCAGAAAACUCAAGUCUCAAGUUCUUCGCCUAGGUGUUUACAGAGAGCGGAUUGCCCCGUACAAUGGUCCGAAUGAUGCUCAACAUGUGACCGUGACUGUGACCAUAGAACGUGAGUCACAGCAGGCCCUAGGUAUCCGUUUGAGCGGUUCAUGGAUGGAGAGCGGCAUCUACAUCACAGAGAUCGUACCCGGCAGUCCUGCCGCUCUCACCAACCUGUUGUGCCCCUACGACCGCAUUCUCUAUGUCAACGAAGAAGACGUCGCCAACAGCCAACUCCAGCAAGUCUCAACAUUGCUUCAGAGCUCAGAGAAGGUGACUCUGGUCGUGGCUCGUAAGCGCAGUUCUCUCCCUGUCUCUCACUCUCGCACCAAGUCUGCUCCGGAGUCCCAUGAUUCCGAUUCCUCUCCCUCCCUCUCCUCCAACCCUCCUUUGAGUCAUAAGUCUGUCUCGUGUGAUUCCCUCACUCCUCCAGCCCCAAUGCCCCCUCACCAUGCUGCCACCAUCAACCUCAAUAGAGACUUCUCCUCACAGGAACUACAACACAAGUUCAUCACAAUCGUCAAGGAGCCCAAUGAAAGUCUCGGAAUGAGAAUUGGUGGGGGACUCGGCAGCAAUGAAGGUGACAUUCCCAUCUACAUCGCCAAUAUUCAUCCCCACGGCUGUGUAGGAAAAACUCAGCAGAUUUGGAAAGGAGACAUCCUAAUAGGUGUGAACGGCAAUAGCUUGGUUGGACUAACCCAUGGACAGGCUGUUGCUACUCUCAAGGCUACAGUGGAAACUACACGUGUUGAGAUGACUGUGGUAGAGGGUCCAGAAACCUCCCUUGGAGCAUUCAACUUCAUCCCUUCCUGGCUCUACUGGCAGAAGCUACCAAGGUGCCUUCAAUUCCCCAAGACAGUGACCCUGUUUCGUAGCCCGGGGGCCAGUUUGGGGUUCAGCAUCGUGGGGGGAGAGGACCCUACCCGGGGGGCACAGCAUAUUCACAUCCUCUUUGUAGUCCAGGACUCUCCUGCUGCUAAGGAUGGGAAACUGAGAUGUGGAGAUCGUCUUCUCUCAGUUGAUGGACAGUCAUUAGAGAAGGUAGAGCACUCCAAGGCCGUGUCAAUGUUGAAACAGACGGGUACAAAAGUGGUACUUGAAAUCGUCUCUUGGCUCGGCACAGAAAUAUAAUAAUCUAAGACGGCUGUAAUUUUAAUCAAAUUUUACUUGACUAUUUUUUUAAGAGAAUAUUUUUGUAAAUAGUAUACCAUUUUAUACAAUGAAAGGCCAAUUAGACUGUAACACCGAGCGUCGUAUAAUAAUUAGAGUUAGGGCGAUCCCUUUUUAAAAAUAGUUUUUAUCGAAAUCUGCAAAAGACAUAAAUCAUGUCUUAAUAUCCUUUUUAGGAUAAAAAUCUUAUUUUUAGAAUCAAUCGCAUUUAAGGUUUUAGUAUAGUUUUAUAUAUCUCCGACUAGUUGGACUGCAAUUGAAGGUAUUUAUUUGAUGCUGUUAUAUCACUAUGACUUACUAUAUUUAUUGGCGAAUAAGAUACCUGUAUAUCUUACAGUAGCAGUGUUAUUCCUGACUUCUUUUCUGCAAUCUGUUUGCUUGGUAGGAAAGAUUUUUGUCAGUAUUAUGUACUAGCUUGUGAUACUAAACUAUUCUGUUGUUACUAAUAUUUGUAGUGAUUAUGACUAGCGAGGGAAUGUACAUUUAAUAUUUAAUACUUAGUGAAUAACUGAAUUGCAUUUACUGUCAGAUUCCAAUGUGGUACAAAAUGUACUUUUUACUCAAUAAAAUUGACAUGUUUUGAUA